GAUCACUCCUCCGGUCCCCGCUUGGGCGGCUGCGAUGAGCCCCGGAAGCAAGAGUCGGGGUGCUGGGUCACGGGAGCGGGCAAGUGGCAUUUGGGAGUUCUGCCGGAGCUUGGGCGCUCGCUGAUUGUGGGCCUGCUGGCAGCUUCACUUUGCUCCCCGAAGCCAAGUGGAAGUGGGAGAGCUGUUGGUGGGGAAGCUCUGCGCCUUCUUGUCGCACUCCCUGUUUUGAUGAGUGACAACUGUUUGAUGAGAGAAUUAUCCUAAACCCUGUGUGCCUUAUCUCGACUCAGUGGACCUGGAGCUGAUGCCAGCCCUGAGAUUUGCCGGGUUUUCAGGACCUUUCUCUAACUCUGGGACUCCUGUCCCCAGCCCAGGCGACACCCUAGCCAGCUCCUACUCCGGCUACCCCUGGCAAAGCAGGUUGUUCAAUGCAGCCACUUCCCAAGUUUGCCCCCUCUUUUAACCCCAGUGUCAGUGAGGGAGGCCACGACAGAGUUGGGGCACAGGCAUGUCAAGGAGCGGAGGGGAACUGAAGAUACUCGGGAGGGAGUACCUUGAGCAGAAUCUUCAAGAGUGUCUGGGAUUCUGAUAACGGAGAUGCUAAGCAAAAUGUAUGAACUGAGUUAGGAAGGUCAGAGCAAGAAGAAUCCUGUAGUCCUGGAGGAUGAGGAGAGGGCUGGGGGCAAACCUAGAAAAAUGGCUUCUGUGGGCCUGGGGUUUGCAGCUGUUAAGUAGCAUAAGUUUAGGGAGUUGAUUUCUGCAGGGAAUGAGGGAUUGGAACAGGCCAAGAGUGAAGGCACGGAGGUCUUGAGGAAGUGGGGUCCUGUGAGGUCCGGAGGGAUCUGAAUAAGUUCUGAGAUGAAGAAGUUAAGGGCCCGGGCCACAGCAGUAGGGAGGGAUCUGCAGGACUGUCUCCUACCCGGAAGGGAAGAGGGGCAAGGGUUUGAAUCAAAAGCCAGGGAAUACAGUGUGAAUCCAGGGUUUGGAGGAGCUCUGUAGAAAAGGAACCAGAGGAGGGGGGCUGGUGAGGCCAGGUUGCCCCGGGUGAAGUGGGAGGCAGAGGCAGCACAUCCUUAUGUCAGGCCGGAAGUUCAUUCACACAUUCAUUUAUUAUUUAUGCCAGCCUUAAAGGCAGCUUACAUAAAAGUCAGAGGAUAAAGUGACAAAACCAUUAAAACUCAGCCAAAGGGAUCUGAUGGCUGGGACACAAAGGCAGAAGGAAGUGAAUAAUGAUGACUGGGGGAAAACCUAGGCUCAGAAAAGGCGCUGGAAGUGAGCUCAGGUCUCCCAUCUGAGCUUGCUGGCAGGCAAGCAAAAUAAAACCUAAAAGCAGAUGAUUGGGCUGGAACUCUGGACAAAGGCAGCUGUGAAACCUCAGCGGGGAGGCAGGAGUUGGUAGGAGAUGAAACGGAAUCAUUCAGGCUGGGAUUAUCCUCGCUGAGGAGAGCUGGAAGCCAGGCUUCAAACAUGCUGAUAUCUGAGGACAGGCUCAGCCUCCCUUGGGAGAGGGUCCCUUCUUAGAUGCUAAGGGGGAACAGGAAAGAAGGUGCUUCUAAUUGCUCCAGGCCCCGACUUUCCUAGUAUGAGGUGGGGCUGCCGUUUGUCCAGGACCUCUUGGGGCUCAGGUCUGGGAAGAACACCCCAGCUAUCAGAUGAGCAGAUCUCCUUUCUGACCCACUGGAGUUGGCUGUUUAAAGGGGUGCAUCACCUUGGGCCCCCUAGGACCUUUAUCCGUCACCAUGGAAACUCAGCAGACAGUGUUCCCCCACCAGGGAAGCAUGGGCAGCUCUUCAGGAGCAUCUCUGCUACUGAAGCUAUCCAAAGGCACCGCCGGAACCUCAUGGAGUGGUUUAGCCGGCUGCCCAGAGAGGAGCGUCAGUUUGGACCAACCUUUGCUCUAGACACGGUGCACGUUGACCCCGUGAUCCGCGAGAGCACCCCGGAUGAGCUGCUUCGCCCAUCCGCGGAGCUGGCCACAGGGCACCAACGACCCCAGGCUGGGCUGCCCCCACUGGCCCUGUCCCAGCUCUUUGACCCCGAUGCCUGUGGGCGCCGUGUGCAGACCGUGGUGCUGUACGGGACCGUGGGUACUGGCAAGAGCACACUGGUACGCAAGAUGGUCCUGGACUGGUGUUACGGGAGGCUGCCGGCCUUUGAGCUGCUCAUCCCCUUCUCCUGUGAGGAUUUGUCAUCCCUGGGCUCCACCCCAGCUUCCUUGUGCCAACUUGUGACCCAGCGUUACACACCCCUGAAGGAGGUGUUGCCCCUGAUGACCGCUGCCGGAUCCCGUCUGCUCUUUGUGCUCCAUGGCUUGGAGCGUCUCAACCUUGACUUCCGGCUAGCAGGCACAGGGCUUUGCAAUGACCCAGAGGAACCCGGGGCACCGGCUGCCAUCAUGGUCAACCUGCUGCGCAAGUACAUGCUUCCUGAGGCCAGCAUUCUGGUAACCACCCGGCCCUCUGCCAUUGGCCGUAUCCCUAGCAAGUAUGUGGGCCGCUAUGGUGAGAUCUGCGGCUUCUCUGAUACCAACCUACAGAAGCUCUACUUCCAGCUCCGCCUUAACCAGCCCGAUUGUGGAUACGGUGCAGGGGGUGCGGGUGUCUCAGCCACACCAGCUCAGCGGGACAACCUGAUUCAGAUGCUGUCCAGAAACCUGGAGGGGCACCAUCAGAUCACUGCUGCCUGCUUCCUGCCUUCCUACUGCUGGCUUGUCUGUGCGACCUUGCACUUCCUCCAUGCUCCCACACCUGCCGGCCAGACCCUCACAAGCAUCUAUACCAGCUUCCUGCGUCUGAACUUCAGCGGGGAAACACUGGACAGCACCCAUCCCUCCAAUUUAUCCCUGAUGGCCUAUGCAGCCCGAACUAUGGGCAAGCUGGCCUAUGAGGGGGUGUCAUCCCGAAAGACCUACUUCUCUGAAGAGGAUGUCCGUGGCUGCCUGGAAGCUGGCAUCAAGACAGAGGAGGAAACUCAACUGCUGCAGAUCUUCCGACGGGACGCCCUGAGGUUUUUCCUGGCCCCGUGUGUGGAACCAGGACACCUGGGUACUUUCGUAUUCACCGUACCUGCUAUGCAGGAGUACCUGGCUGCCCUCUACAUCGUGCUGGGCUUACGGAAGACAGCCCUGCAGCGAGUGGGCAAAGAGGUUCUCGAGUUUGUGGGCCGUGUAGGGGAGGAUGUCAGCCUGGUACUGGGCAUCGUGGCCAAGCUGCUGCCCCUGCGGAUUCUGCCUCUGCUGUUCAACUUGCUCAAGGUGGUUCCGCGAGUGUUUGGGCGCAUGGUGAGCAAGAGUCGGGAGGCGGUGGCCCAGGCCAUGGUGCUGGAGAUGUUCCGGGAGGAGGACUACUACAAUGACGAUGUUCUGGAUCAGAUGGGUGCCAGCAUCCUGGGUGUGGAGGGGCCCCGGCGCCACCCAGACGAACCCCCUGAGGACGAAGUCUUUGAGCUCUUCCCCAUGUUCAUGGGGGGACUGCUCUCUGCCCACAACCGGGCGGUGCUGGCUCAGCUUGGCUGCCCCAUCAAGAACCUGGAUGCCCUGGAAAACGCCCAGGCCAUCAAGAAGAAACUGGAGAAGCUGGGUCGGCAGGUGCUGCCCCCCUCCGAGCUGCUUGACCAUCUCUUCUUCCACUAUGAGUUCCAGAACCAGCGCUUCUCAGCCGAGGUGCUCCGCUCCCUGCGCCAGCUCAAUUUAGCUGGUGUGCGCAUGACACCCCUCAAGUGCACCGUGGUAGCCGCUGUCCUAGGAAGUGGAAAGCACCCUCUGGAUGAGGUGAACUUGGCUUCCUGUCAGCUGGAUCCUGCUGGGCUACACACUCUCAUGCCUGUCUUCCUGCGUGCCCGGAAACUGGGGUUGCAACUCAACAGCCUGGGCCCCGAGGCUUGCAGGGACCUCCGAGACCUGCUGCUGCACAAACAGUGCCAGAUCACCACUCUGCGGCUCUCCAACAACCCACUGACAGCAGCCGGCGUGGCCUCACUGAUGGAGGGGCUGGCAGGGAACACCUCGCUGACACACCUGUCCCUGCUGCACACCGACCUUGGAGACGAGGGGCUGGAGCUGCUGGCUGCCCAGCUGGACCGCAACAGGCAGCUGCAGGAACUGAACGUGGCCUACAACGGUGCUGGUGAUGCAGCGGCCCUGGCCUUGGCCAAGGCUGCUCGGGAGCACUCUUCCCUGGAGCUGCUGCACCUCUACUUCAAUGAGCUGAGUUCAGAGGGCCGCCAGGUCCUGCGGGACUUGGGGGGCUCUGGUGAAGGUGGUGCCCGGGUUGUAGCCUCGCUGACAGAAGGAGCAGCGGUGUCUGAAUACUGGUCAGUGAUCCUUAGUGAAGUCCAGCGCAACCUCAACAGCUGGGACCCGGCUCGGGUCCAGAGCCAUCUCAAGCUGCUGCUUCGGGAUCUGGAAGAUAGCCGAGGCGCCACCCUUAAUCCUUGGCGCAAGGCUCAGCUGCUUCGAGUGGAGAGCGAGGUCAAGACCCUUCUGGAGCAGCUGGGAGGCUCUGGGAGCUGAGACAGUGACAGCUGUGACCUGGCUGUGGGACCACUGGUCCCCAAACCCUCCCCUGUAUGGCUUGCUGGCUUGCACAGCUCCUUCCAGAAAGAUCUGCAGUCAAAGCAAUGGGCACAACUGUGCUUCUCUGACCUACAAGUCCAGUGAGGACCCCAAGCUAGACUUCCCAAGGUCAAAUAUGGUGAGCAGAUGCUUGGAUAUGGAGGAUGUCACCUCUUCUUUUGCCUAGAAGGACUAAGAAGACUAUGACACUUGUGUGACAAAUUGCCCUGUGGCCCCACCACCAACCUUGCCUCUCUCUCCUCUGAUUCUGUUACAAGGGGCACACCUCUCAUGUGUGCCGUGCUGGGGGCUCUGCCAUCCAGCAGAUGUACUGGGUGGCUUCCCAAUCCUGCCUUACGCUCACCUCUGGACACAAAAUGCCCUCAUGUGGUGCUUUCCCCAGCCUCAUGGCCCCCCAACUACACAGGUAUCGAUGGCUCAAGGCCACUAGGGAUAAGUGUGCCCACCUUGCUGCUAUUAAAAAGCUGAGUGUCUUCCA